GCGCCGGGGAGGUUCCAUGUAUGGUUCGGGAGGCUUUCCGAACGAGCCAUCCUUUUUUGACAUCACGGAAUCUCUCAGCUUUGAUUGCGACGGGGUGACGGCCUGCUGCUCUCACAUGAGGGAGACACCCCCUUCCCGGGUUUGGGAUGUUUUCUUUAUUACUUCCAUCAAUCGCAGUCAGUCAAACCGUAUCGCUUAAUGCAACGCGUUGGAUGGGUUUUUCCGUCGGGCGGCAGCCAUGGCUUCCGUGGUAUUGCAGACGACCUUUGAAUAUCAGAUCGACAACAACAUGGCUGUGCCGGACCGGCCGUCAGAGAUAUCUUAUUCGCCAGACGGCUCAACUGGGACAGUCUCCGUCUCGUUCCUAUUUAGGACAGUGGUCAUCCGGCCGUACUCUCUCGCAGUCCAGGUGACUGGGGCGGGAUACUGCCUAAAGUCCGGAGCCAAGGGGCGGGUACGGCAUUGAGACUGGCGAGCGCCAUUGCGUGGCUGCCGUCCAAUCCAUUUACCGCGAAACGCGGAGGGCAAUCUAUCCCCAGUUUAUCUGAAUAGAUUGACCUCCUGUUCAAGUCCGGGGCCCCGCGAAAAUAUCGACUACCGACACGGCCGGCCGCCUGUGCUUCUUCCCAGUCCAUCGCUACCCAGCCAUGGCCUUGGUUGGCUGGAAUAGGGAUGCCGUCAUCUACAAUUUAGGUGCAGGUCUUGACAUGUCCGGGACUUAGGAAUUCGGUGCCUUUCUCGGGCGAACAGACGGGAGUAGGAGGCUCAAGAAUGGCAUAAAUACAAAGGGGGCGACCGCUGGUAAUCGAAAACCUUCCUAGAGUCACAUCAAGGCAACCUACUUGACAAGUCCUGGACACUCAGCCCUGACUACACGCCACCAUGAAGUUCUCCUUCGUUGCCCUCCUGGCCUGCGGCCUCACGGUCAAUGCUCACGCUAUCUUCCAGCAGAAAAUCUCAGUCAACGGACAAGAUAAGGGUCAGCUCACUGGCAUCCGUGCUCCCAACAACAACAACCCAGUACAGAAUGUGAACGACCAGAACAUGGCCUGCGGACAGCCCGGCUCCAAGUCCAACACGGUUGUCAACGUUAACGCUGGUGACCGUAUCGGUGCCUACUUUGGGCAUGUCAUCGGCGGAGCCCAGUUCCCUAACGACCGAGACCAUCCCAUCGCUGCCUCUCACAAGGGUCCCGUCCAGGCUUACCUUGCCAAGGUUGACAAUGCUGCUACUGCCAGCUCCAACGGCCAGAAGUGGUUCAAGAUCUGGCACGAAGGCUUUGAUCAAGGCAGCAGGAAGUGGGGUGUCGACACUGUCAUUCAGAACCAAGGCUGGACGUAUUUCAACAUCCCGCAGUGCAUCGCGCCGGGCCAAUACCUCCUGCGCGUUGAGCUUUUGGCUCUCCACUCGGCCAACCAGCAAGGCCAGGCUCAGUUCUACAAGUCUUGCGCUCAGAUCAACAUUUCGGGCUCGGGCUCCUUCACUCCUUCUCAGACCGUCUCUUUCCCCGGUGCCUACCAGGCCAACCACCCCGGUAUCCUCACCAGCAUCUACGGUCUCACCGGCCAGCCCGACAACGGCGGCAAGUCGUACAGCAUCCCGGGCCCUGCUCCCAUCUCUUGCUAAGCUUUUGAGCCGCGGCUUGGCUUCUCCGAGAAACAAACAUGAUCCUCGGCUUGUGGGGACGGGUGAAGAGGAAACCCCAAGUGUCCAGCAAAAGAUAAUGGCGACUGGGUGGGUGGGUGGUUUGUGGGCAGGUGUGUGUAUCUAUAGGUUAUUAUGAGACGGUCAUACGUUGUGUGAGAUAUCCGCAUGCAUAAACAGCAUCGUGCAUCAUGGAGGAACAAGCAGACACUACAAUGAUCCACAAGCCAACUGCAAGGUCCGAAUUCGUUUCCACAGUGACCUUUUCUCGCCUCGGCGCCUUUCUCGCAAGGCGAGGAAGCGGGCCUCCACAAUGACAUGGAAGCUUCGGAUGCAUCGCCAUGCUUUUUCCAUGCAAAAUUGUUGGAAAAGCACGAGCCAAGUGGAUGAAGUCUUGGGACCUGCAGGCGGGCUCUCCCGUAGGAAAAUGUAUGUGACAUUGCUACCAUUAGUCAGGGACAGUUCGGGUUUUCUCGGUAUAUUCUGAUAUUUGGGAUCGACGGGCACCGGGUGAUGUUUGCU